AUGAGCACCCUGCCACCCCUUCCUACUAUUUGCAUACUGAGUGUGCGCUACGUUACCGAGAGCUUUGUUGCGGAGCGUCAGACGGAAUGCUGGACUUUUCUCAGUGCCGUCGUAGAAAGGCAUUUUUUUUUUAUUUGGGUUUGCCAUCCACAAAUGGUGAGGCUGUUGUGGCUGGAACCGCAUUUAAAUAAAUAUGCAUCGGUGUGCAGCACCAUCCUCGGGGGUACUCCGAGGUGUGGAAAGGGUUCUGAGUGCAGCACGCAUAAACUGGGUCGUGAAAAUUCCGUGAUGCUACCGAUGCCACUGAACGAAGAUGCGUUGGACCAGCUUCGUGUGAUGUCUAGGCAUCGUCCGGAUUGUCAGGUGAGCACGUCGAGUUUGCGUAUCCACAGCUUUCUCCGUUGUUUGUUGUGGGGAAUUCGAUGCCAAUGGUCACGAAGAUUUGGAAAAAAGGUGCAGCUGGGAAAUCUGAUUGAUUGCGGCAGUUUUUGUGGCGGUUCAUUUUGGAUUAUUUCCCGGCCACUCCACUCUGGUGGCGGUAAAAAUAGCCAAAGUAAAUGA